AUGGAGAGAGAGCCACCUUGGACAGAGCACGAACGCGUCUAUCUGCUCUGUGAGGUUCUUAAGGCAUCUCCAGUCAGCUCCCAGGCUCUACUAUCUUUCUUGCGCGAGGCUCAAAUUCAGCCGCGAUGGAGCGAUACAGCCUUGCCUCCAGGACGUUCCCUUCGUUCGAGCCAGAUGGCAUUCGACACCCUAGCUGCCACUUACGCGGGAUCCGACUAUCGCCGCCCACCAAUGCCUGCAGGUCCUCAACCCAUCAUGUACGCUGGUCCCGAAGCCUCGCGGAAACGUCCCUACCAAGAAGCCGCGCCGCCAAUAGGUCGUCUUCUCCAGCCUCGUCCCCCUCAACCCUACCCUGGGGAGUACAUUCAAGCUGCCGGGCCCGCAUAUGGUUCGAACAUAAUGUCUAGUGGAGAGCCUGCGAACAAGAAAAAGCGUGGUAGGCCCACGAAAGCGGAGGCGCAACAGCGCGCGCAAGAAGCAGCCGCACGCGGCGAAGUCUACCCACCACCUAGGAGAGGCAGGGUGUCCAUUACCGCACCGCCAGAGCCAUCGCCGCUAGGCUCAGAAUCGCAACCACAGGAAAGAACUCCUCCGCAGCAAGCAGUCCGCGCGUCACACUCUACGAUGACGCCCCCACGUCAAACUCAGCCAGAUCAAGAGGAAGAGUCAUCAUCGGGGAAGAGAAGGCGCACGAAACCAGAGCCAUUAGAGCUGGAGAAGCCGCAGCGAACUUUGGGUGAAAUGGAGUCCCCACUAGCCUACGGAUCAGGCGAUCCUAGCCGCAACCAGGCAUACAUGUCCUAUACGCCCAUUUCCGCACCGUUACCUGGAUCGGCGGAUUCACGGGACAGGGACAUACGCAUGGAAGGAGUUGAAGAAACUCAGCCACGAACUACGACACCUCACUCGUUUAAAGACACGGUCGGCAUAUGA